GAGAAUGUUUUUAUACAACAACUGAAAUACUCGUGCGUGCGUAUUACACUCAUUACAUUCAGCCUCUAUGAGCCUAUAACUAAAAAUAAAACCUAAUUAUUUUUAGAUUUACUUCAUUCGCUGCAAACGUUUUUAAUUGAGUUGAAGACAUGUUUUUCCAUCCAUCAUUUUGUCCGAAAAGAUCGAUGAAAUCAAUGUUGUUUUAUCGCUGAACGCAAUGUUCAAUAAAUGUAAUAAUUCUAUUGUGUUCUGUGUCAAUGAAUGUUGUAAAAGUAUGCGUAUACAAUUCGAUCCGGUCACCUUCAAUCGAUGCAGUUGUGAAGUGUAAACUAAGUUCCUGAAUUCAUUCGUGAGAAUUCUCGAUGACGUGAACUCCGUAGUAAUUUUAAUUUAAAAUCUUUGCGCAACAAGACUAUCAAUGUACAAUCUGAAUCAAUUUUAAAUUGCAAAUUAUGCAACUACACAAAAGAGUUUAGUUCGCAUGUAAACGUAGGGGACUAAACGUAUUAUUAAACACAUUUCAAUGGCAGAUAAAUCAUCGAAACGUACACAGUAUUUUGCCGCGAUUGCAGCGGCCGUAGGUGCAAUGGCAUUCGGUACAGGUGUAGCGUGGACUGCACCUACAGGUCCGAAGCUAAUAAAGAAUCGUGAAUAUGGAUUCGAAAUAACUGAUGAAAAAUUUUCAUGGGUUGGAGCUGCCAUGACAUUAGGAGCAGGCUCUGUGUGCAUUUUAACCGGAUAUCUUAUCAACAUCAUCGGCCGUAAGACUACAAUGCUUUUGCUCGUGAUCCCCUUUACAGUGGGCUGGACGCUUAUUAUGUUCGCACAAAACAUCACGAUGUUGAUCAUCGGUCGCACUUUACUGGGUGUAUCAUCCGGAGGAAUAUGUGUCGUCGCACCUAUGUACACAGGCGAAAUAGCGGAAAAAGAUAUCCGUGGCAUGUUGUGUUCAUUCUUUCAACUGUUGAUUACUAUUGGAAUAUUGUUCGUAUAUGUAGUUGGUGCAUUUGUAUCUGCAUUUCAAUUGAGUGUAAUUUGUGCAUCGAUUCCGUUGAUUUUCGGAGUUCUCGUUUUAUUUUGUCCUGAAUCGCCUACCUACUUGAUGCAAAGAAAAAGACCCAAUGAUGCUUCCAGAGCUUUGAUUUGGUUGCGUGGAGGAAGAUAUGAUCCAUCGAUUGAACUAACGGAAAUGCAGAUGGCCAUACAAAAACAAAAGGAAACUUCCAAAUCCGUUGCUGCGUCGAUGAUGCGUAGUUCAUCAGUGAAAGCUUUGAGCAUCAGUUUUGGAUUGUUCAUCGUUCAACAGUUGUGUGGCAUCAACGUUGUUAUUUUCUACACUACGGACCUUUUCGAGAGUGCCAAUACCAACUUCAGUGCAGAUUUUUCAACAGCUUUGGUAGGAAUUGUGCAAGUAAUCGCAACAUUUUUGUCGGUUGUAAUCGUUGAUCGAUUGGGUAGACGCAUUUUGUUGCUAACAUCAGAAUUUGUCGUCAUCAUUUGCACGUUCUCGAUGGGAUAUUAUUUCUACGCCAAGGAAUCCGGCAAUGUGGAUCAUUUGAGUUGGUUACCAGUUUCAUCGCUAUGUUUGUUUAUCAUCGCCUUUUCCCUCGGACUCGGACCAGUACCAUGGGUAAUGUUGGGUGAAUUAUUCGCUCCGGACAUUAAAGGUUUGGCUGGUUCAAUAUCCGCUACAUCCAAUUGGACUCUGGCAUUUAUCGUGACAAAAACAUUCAACAAUCUUCGCGAAACAAUCGGUGUUUCAGGCACAUUUUGGUUGUUUACGGCCAUAUCGCUGCUGGGAAUUGUGUUCAUCUACUUUGCAGUGCCCGAAACAAAGGGCAAAUCCUUGAGUAGUAUUCAACAAAUGCUGAACAACAAACGAGAAAAUUGUCACGAUGAAACGAGUAGAUUUGUUGAGCCAUUGGUGAAAAAUGGCCUGGAAAUGACUGGGCUACGCAAUUCGAACAAAGUUGAACAUUCGCUUGGCUGAGAUGUGAAGUGUGUAUAUUGAGUAGGUACUUAACUUAAUCAGUAUCUGUUCGGUGUUUAGUUCGUUGUUAGAACGUAAGUUCAAAUGAACGAAACGCAAAUUCUAAUUUAUUUUCGGAAAACAAUUUUUAGAGUUUAGAGUGUUCAUGUAGCUCUUAAGUGCCAGUUGUGGGAAGAGUAUGUGUAGUGUACACUACUAGUGUAUGCUGAUUUCAAUUUCAGUUAAUUUGUAUGAAUGUUAUAUUAGGUCUUGUUAGUCAUAUAAGUAACAAAAUAGUCUUUUAAAAGUUCAUCAAUGUUUGUAACGAGCUCCUUUUUAAGUCGCUUCAAUAGGCUGUAGAUCGGAACUUAAACAUUAUUAAAGUCAUUUUUCGAAAUU